AGGCCAUCUAUCGGCUUCACAGCUAAAACACCAGCUCCCGAACCCUUAACAGGGCCUCAACAGUGUACAAGUACGGAUACAGACGCCUCAAGUAUUGUUUCAACUCAGCAACAGCGGCAUCCAUAGCGACUGCCCUUGAACCAUACCCGUCAAAGUCAAGCAUCCAUCUACCCCGUGGCCCCAAGGCAUGCGCUUCAGGUAGCAUCACCACCAACAUAUACCCAGGCCACGGGCGGCCGCCCCCAGACGACGCCAACAUGGCCACUCCAUCCGCCCUCCCAUAUCCCUACGCUGCCGCCCCCGACAUCAUCCGCGCCCACCAGAAAGACGCCUACUUCAAGGGCUCCCUCGCCAACUCCCUCUCCGAUCUCCACCGUCGUCUCCUCGGCGUCCGCUCCGCCCACGCAUGGUCGCGCGAAUCCCGCACCUUCGCCGACGCCCUCUACCUCUGCCUCACCACCCUCGUGGGCAACCGAACCCUCGGCGAGGAAUACUGCGAUGUCGUCCAAGUCCACGCCCAGCCUAACAAUACCGACAAAAACAACAAACACAUCAUCACCACUUCCUCCUCCGACCCCCUCCCCGCCCUCAGCCGCCGCGCCGCCUACAUAGCCAGCAGCGUCGUCCUUCCCUACCUCUUCAGCCGCACCCUCCCAUCCCUCCGCAACCGGCUCCGCCGCCUCCUCGAAACCCGCCUCGCCCGGCUCGACGCUACCGCCACCGCUACCAACAGCCCCACAGACGCGUCCUCCGACCCGAAAGGGACCGCCAGCAAACCCACAAGACGGAUCGCAAUCUACCGCUACCUCCUCGCCCACCUCCCCUCCCUCACCUCCUCCGCGCCCUUACACGCCGUGACCCUAACGACCUUCUACUUCACGGGGACCUACUACGAGCUCGCCAAGCGCCUCCUCUCCCUCCGCUACGUCUUCACCCGCGCCGUCCCCUCCACCCCGGACCGCGCCGGCUACGAGCUCCUCGGCCUGCUCCUCCUCGUCCAGCUCUCCGUCCAAUCCUACCUGCACCUCCGCCACGCCCUCCUCCCGACUCUGGGCCUUCAACAACAUGACCCGUCGUCGUCGGAGGAGGAGGAAGCGUCCUCCCGCCGACGCGAAAGCCUCUCACCCAUCCGCGACGCAGACGUCACCCUCAACGCCGCCGCCUACGCGACCAACACCUCCGUCCUCCUCCCGGAUGAAAACCGCGCUGCUAUCCCCGCGUCGGGUCGCGGCGCGCGGGUCGAUCUUGCGCGCCUGACGAACACGCCCGUGCCACCGACAGAUGGUGCGGGUGGCGGGGGUGGUGCGCGGUACGACUUGCGCGACGAGAGCGUCAUGGCGUUCGUGGCCGGGGCGCAGCAGCGCAGGUGUACGCUUUGCUUGGAGGAGAUGCGAGACCCGGCUGCCACGGCGUGCGGGCAUGUGUUUUGUUGGGAUUGUAUUGGGGAUUGGGUAAGGGAGAAGCCGGAGUGUCCGUUGUGUAGGAGGGAGGCUACGGUGCAGCAUAUUUUGCCGUUGCGGGUGGGUUAGGAUGGCCUGGGUGUGGAAGAGGUCGGCGGGGGAUGUCUACUGUGUGUAUACAUACAUAUAUAUAUAUAUGAGAGAUCGGCGAGGCUCUGGUCGACAGUCGUCAUGAGAGACAGGUGGCAAUGGGAACAAUUCGAUCUAAUUCUAGACAAUACAAUACACUACACCAAACGAAGGAAAAUACAAAAAAAA